AUGGCUUUGUCCUCUCGCGUCGCUAUCAUCACCGGAGCAGCCUCUGGUCUGGGCCGGGCCACUGCCACUCGGUUCGUGCAAAACGGAGCGCGCGUGAUUAUGUGCGACCUCGCAAGCAGCGAAGGAGCGACUGUCGCAAGAGAUCUGGGCGCAUCGUGCCACUUUAGCCCCAUCGAUGUAACAAAGGAGGAAGAUGUGGCGUCAGCACUCGACCUGGCUGAAUCGGUCUUCGGUGAGCCUGUGAACACGGCCGUCAAUUGCGCCGGUAUUGCUCUGGCGAUCAAGACGCUGAGCAAGAAAGGCGUGCAUCCGCUUAGUACUUACGAACGGACUUUAAGCGUGAACGCGAUUGGGUCAUUUAACGUUGCUCGGCUUGCGGCUGAACGCAUGUCGAAAGCAAGGCCGGGCCCUGACGGCGAGCGCGGCGUCAUCAUCAAUACUGCCAGCAUUGCUGCAUACGAAGGGCAAAUCGGACAAGUGGCGUACGCGACCAGCAAAGCAGCCGUCGUAGGAAUGACGCUUCCUCUUGCACGAGACCUGUCCUCUUACGGUAUCCGCGUGAACACAAUUGCGCCAGGUCUGUUUAUGACGCCACUUUUGGCAGGACUCCCCGAGAAAAUGCAAAAGGAACUUGGCGACAGUGUCCCAUUUCCAAGUCGUUUGGGAAACCCCGAAGAGUAUGCUCAUUUGGUACAUGCAAUUAUUGACAACAAAAUGAUCAACGGCGAGACGAUUCGUCUCGACGGCGGGCUUCGUAUGCCACCGAAGUAA